GUCGAAACCGGAAGUUGAAUUAUCAGCUGAUCCGGCUGGCUGUUGUUGAUGCCUGAAGUUGCCGUUGUUUGGACACUGUGUUGCUCUUAUCAGCGCCUGACAUUGAAGACAAAUUAAACCCGAGCAAAGGACACGUUGGGCUUUUACCGGCAGACGGGUUUAGGAGUCACGGGGAAAGCGUUUCGCCGAGCAGCAGAAGACCUCAGGAAGCUCUAAAGCUUGGUUAAAAGGAAGAGAAGCGACACCGCAAUCAGCCGACGGCUUGCGUGCUUUCUUUGUUUACGUCGUGCAUGUCUGAACCGCGAUAUUUCUUUUGUUUGUCUCGGAUCUAGAAUUAUUUUCUGCACGUUAUUUAUGUUUAUACCUUAUUCCGUGAGCAGCUAGCUCCUAAAAUAAAACGUUAGCCCGUAGCGCAUAUCUACAGCGUUGGUGCUUUCGUAACCGCCCGCCAGGCACAACGACGGCCAACUGAGGCGAUCAACGGGCUUUGAGACACUCUUUGUUGUGCUUCUGUUUUUUUUUUUUAUGGGUCCAUCACUGACUCAGUCGGUCUGAUUGAAGACCAGACAUAUGAUGUUACGUCGAAGCCUGUUUGAGAAGUGUGGCUGUUAAACACGUCUUUUUAUUCCUGAAGUUGGAUCCAGGGAAUUAACUGUAUUAAAUAUCGAUUUAAAACCACAACAACUGCCAAACGGUUCACUCACAGCGGUCUUUGAAAGGGUUCAGCUUGGCUGGCAGGUUGCAUCAUUGUUUGUGUGACUGCUGUUUAUUGCCUAUGUUCAGUAUUAAGUGAUUCCGUCAAUGUCAUUGUGAAUAUUCAACACUUUUGUUUUCAUUUUUUUUAAGUAACCCAUGACAUGUGAUAAACCGGCCGCCCAUUGCUGUAAACCAUAGUCUGAGUCGUUAGAUGCUCACAAGCGGGUCAAAUGUAGAUAGUUAUGAAUUAAAAUAGUCAUCAAACUAUUGAGACUGCGCUGUGGUCCGAGACAGACAGGUGAAGAUAGAGGGUCCCUCGGAGGGUCCCAUUGUGUCUCGAGGUGAGGUGAGCUGCCCCCCACUACUUGCCAAUGCUGGACCUUGAGGUGGUGCCUGAGAGAUCACUGGGAAAUGAGCAAUGGGAAUUCGCUUUAGGGAUGCCAUUGGCCCAGGCCAUCGCUAUUCUGCAGAAACACUGCCGCAUCAUCAAAAAUGUCCAGGUGCUUUACAGUGAACAGACACCACUCAGCCAUGACCUCAUACUGAACUUGACUCAGGAUGGGAUUAAACUGCUCUUUGACGCCACAAAUCAGAGACUCAAGGUGAUUGAAGUGUACGACCUGAGCAAAGUCAAGUUGAAAUACUGUGGAGUCCAUUUCAACUCUCAGGCCAUUGCCCCCACAAUUGAGCAAAUCGACCAGUCAUUUGGAGCUACGCACCCCGGAGUUUACAAUGCUGCAGAACAGUUGUUCCAUCUCAACUUUCGAGGCCUGUCCUUUUCCUUUCAACUGGACUCAUGGAAUGAAGCUCCAAAAUACGAGCCUAACUUUGCCAUGGGUUUGGCCUCCCUGCAGAUUCCACAUGGGGCCAUGGUCAAGAGGAUGCACAUCUACACUGGCAACAACCUGCAAGAAACCAGGGCUCCUGUGAUGCCGUUGGCUUGUUUCCUGGGGAACAUCUUUGCAGAAAGUGUUGAUGUCCUGAGAGAUGCUGCAGGGCCUCUGGGGCUUAAACUCCGCCUUCUCACUGCAGGCUGUGGUCCAGGUGUGAUGGCUGAUUCAAAAGUGAGAUCCCUGGAAAGGAGCAUCUACUUUGGAGAUUCGUGUCAAGAUGUACUGGGUGCUCUGGGCUCGCCACAUAAAGUCUUCUACAAGUCCGAGGACAAGAUGAAGAUCCACUCUCCGUCACCUCACAAGCAGGUCCCUUCAAAAUGUAACGACUACUUCUUCAACUACUUCACCCUUGGAGUGGAUAUCCUGUUUGAUUCAGCGACUAACCUGGUUAAGAAGUUUGUUCUACAUACCAACUACCCCGGCCAUUACAACUUCAACAUAUAUCAUCGAUGUGACUUUAAGAUUCCACUCAUCAUUAAGAAAGAAGGAGCCGAUGCUCAGACGGAGGACUGCCUGUUAACAACCAACAGCAAGUGGGAUCACAUUCAGGAACUGCUCGGUCACCCGAUGGAGAAACCUGUCGUGCUCCACAGGUCCUCGUCAGCCAAUAACACCAACCCGUUCGGCUCUACGUUCUGCUUUGGACUGCAGAGGAUGAUCUUUGAGGUGAUGCAGAAUAACCACAUAGCAUCAGUGACCCUUUAUGGUGCUCAUCGGACCGCAAGUCAAACCCGACCCGAGUCCAGCAGUAGUUCCCACUGAACCAGUAACUAGAACCUCAUCCCAUUCUGUCCUGAGUCUAGUCACUCUUCUGACUGAAUCUUUAAGCCGGGGCCCGAUUCAUAACCAAGCAGACCGAAACCAGAGCCAUAAUGUAUUUCCUACCACGCUCAGAUGCUACUCAUUGAACGGAACCGCAACCAGAAUCCAGAAUAACCAAGUACCACCUGGUUCGAUUCAGCUUUUCCUGCUGGGUCCCGAGACUUACUCCCCCCAAUCAGACAACAACUGGUCGGCAAAGUCAACCCAACCCGGACUAUCCCAGGCACCAGGAUGCAGUGACAUGGUCGAGGGUGGAUCGAAAUAAUGUCUUCGUGGUGCUGCAAGCUGACAGGCUGAAGAAAAUCUAUGCUCAAAUAGAGCUCAGCUGUUUCCUGUUUCCAUCCGGUGACUCAAUUUGCCCAGAAUCCACAGAACCGUAUGUCCGGACUGCAGUUUGGAUGGCAUGCUUCCACGGCUGCCUUUAUUAGACAAUGACCGCCAUCACUUUGUGGUGUGAUGAUCAGCAUUAUCAUCUGAAACACAUCUCUACAUGAACUGACCCACUAAAUAAACAUCAACCAACCACACUGCCAGCCCGACCAGUACCGCCUCCCUUCCUGCAACAGCUGAAGAUCCGCGCUCCACUGGCCCAAUCAAAACCCUGACUCAUUAAAACCGCAAACACCAAACCGGCCGGGCCCAACCAAACGUCUUCAGAACCAAACACAUUGCAGGCUGUGCAAGAAUUUUAAGCAGAAAAGCAUGAUAACCCAGAUGUUUUCAGGCGAGAGAAGAACCAAACCCCAUCUAGGAUUUGGGCAGACAUGUGGCACAGGCUGACCAGAUGUGAAGCCUCCCCCCGGCAAAACGGUCCAAACGUUGUCAACGUUAUUGUCUCCCUCUUAAACCGUCCUCCUCACUAGUUCGACAGGCCAAGCACAGCACUGAACACUAUUAAGCCAUCACAGCUGUUAUUAUUGCAGCUCUAGAUGUUGUUGUGUAUGUCUCCUUAUUUAUACACACACACACACACACAUGGAUAAAUGAGCAUUUGCAUGUGUAAGGAGGCUGUUACAAAGUGACAUCAGUGAGUCAAACACACAUAUAUUUAGUCUCUAACUAUAACGUGGUUCUAACCCCAAAAAGCCGGUUUUAUCUUUUUAGCGUUUUUAAAUGCAGACCAAACAUGCAGACAUGACCUGAGGAUUUGCAUGCAAGAUGCUUUUGAAUGAGAGGAAAGUUACUAUAAGCACAAACUGGCAACCCGUUAUUUGUACUUGCUCCUGCAUGUCGUGAGGGGCUCUUCUGCCCUGCUUCAUUCAUUCACACCACGACCAUUUCUAAUGUGUUCCCUUGUUACAUUUGCACUAAUGUACACCUUUUUACUUGAUGGGUUCAUUGUGCCCUAUCCUCACAGACAGAUUUGUGCAGAGAUGGUGGUGUGUGUUUUUAUCCAUGAGCUGAGUCACAAGGCAGGUCCUCCCACAAUGCACCAUGUAUGCAGAUCAUAUCGUCUGUGUCACACUCAUCCGCCUGUUUCCUUAUCUCAACAUGUGAUGGAUGCAUCAUCCCUCAGUAAUGUCUGCAUUUCUUGUUGAAUUGCCAAAUGCUUCAGCCAAAGAUGAUUCCGGAGGAUUUCAUUUGAUCGGCGGACAUUAUCACUGUAGUCUCUUGAGUCUACACCCGUCCCACGCAGAGGGUCCUUAGUUGUCUAUCUCCCUUCUCUUGUGUCUUCUAUGUCAAACCUGAACAUUUCAGUCAUUGCCGCGGUAACGCCUCUAAAUUCAGCUCCUGGUUUCUGUAAUUGACAGACAGUAGUUACACAAGAAGUGAAUAGUGUGUUGUGAUACCGAUCAGCCUGUCUUUCAUCAGGGUUUGGUUACAGAGACAUUUUUAACAAUCAUAGUGAUCUAUUGUACAGUUGGUUGUUGUCAGAGCUAUAAUUAAAAGAUUCCUCUGUGAAUUCAGUUUACGAAACGGGAACGAACAUUAUCAUUCCUUCAUAACAUUUGCUUCCCUCCAAAGGACUGAAUUUGGAAUAUUUUUCCUCAUUUGCAUUCAAAUAAACUGUUUAUUAUUUGA